UGGUGUGCCGUGAGAUUUUUGCAAUGUAAAAUUAAAAUACAGUCCGUACGAUCGACAGUGCCCACGACCUUGCCGUCGUUUGUGACGUUACUAUUUACCACCACUAAGUGUCGCUGUUACAAUUGCGUCACGUUCGACCCUGCCAACCCGGAAAUGUUAAAGUCACGUGACUAACUUCCCGGAAGCAAAGCGACGGCAAUAACAAAGUUUAAAGCGCGCUCCGAACAUGAAAUUGUUGGGUUCAUUAGAAUGUGAUCAUUUGUUUAUUUCGGGUUGACUGUCACCGGGCACCUAAAGGAAAGCAAGAUGUCAGGUUUCAGUGCCGAACUUAUUGACUACCUGGAAGGAAGGAUUACAUUUGAGGAGUUUGACAGGAGGAGAGACGAGAGAAAAGCCAAGGAGUUGCUCGUGUCAGUUAAAAAUGACGAGGUGGUCCAGCCUUGCACGUCCACGCACAAUCAUGGAACAAUUGGGUCAGAAGAAGAAGGAAUCAGCCCUGGCGUUCAGCAAGCCUUUGCCUCAAUGAUUGGCGAAGCCACCGACCAAGUAUUGUCAGAUGAGGAUAAUGACAUCUUGGGCUACGUUGAUGACAAGAAUGACGAGGAUUUCGCAGUGGAAGAGGAGGACUAUGUGGAGGACGAUGAGGAGGAGGAGGAGGAGGAAGAAGAAGAAGUGGUGGGGGAGAAGGGACAUUUUAAAUUGAAAGUGAAGCGCGAGAAGGCAGAGGGGAGGGGGAAGAGAAGUUUUGAAACCGAAGAGAAGGAAAGUGAGGACAUGUCAGUGGGAGACGUGCUUGCACUGGAGAUGGAGCUAACCCGUGAAAACAAGAAAAUGAUGAAGGAACGACGCAAUCGCAGUAAACUUCCCCGAGCGCUCAGAGGCCUGAUGGGUGAGGCGAACAUUCGUUACGCCAGAGGAGAGAAAGACGAUGCCAUUGCCAUGUGCAUGGAGAUCAUACGACAAGCCCCGCUGGCCUACGACCCUUUCUCUACGCUGGCCAUGAUCUACGAGGACGAAGGCGACUUGGACAAAGCUCUGCAGUUCAGUCUGAUCGCCGCCCACUUGAACCCCACCGACUGUGAGGAGUGGAUUAGGCUGGCGGAGGUCUCUCUGGAGCAGGAGAACGUCCGGCAAGCUCUAGUCUGCUACAACAAAGCCGUCAAGUACGCUCCCACCAAUAUUCGCUACCUGUGGGAACGCUGCAGCCUCCUCAUGCGUCUGGGGGAGCACAAGCAGUGCAUGGAUGGCUACCGCCGAAUUUUGUCCCUGCUGCCAAUGGACGAGGGUGAACACUUCAUGCAGCUCUCCAAGGACAUGGCCAAGAGUUAUUAUGAAAGUAGCGACCUGCCCUCGGCACUCGGUGUAAUCGAGCAGGCCCUGGUACGCCACCCCGACCUGGUUAGCGAUGACAUCAUCAACAUGGCAGCCGAGCUCUACAUCACCAACCGUCAAUACGAAAAGGCUUUGGAGGUCUUAGUCCAGUUUGUGGGUGUGGUUCCUAUCCGGGAUGAAAGUCACCCAGAGACGGCAAUUAAAGUUGAGAAUUUAAUUGAGAACGGGGUAAAGAACGAUGAGGCGCAGCCAUUGAUUGUAGCAGAAGUAGCGCCAACGGACAAAUCUGACAUCAAGGAUGUUCAGGUUCCAGACGGCAUCCCAGUGGACCUGAAGGCCAAGCUGAUUGUCUGCCUCAUCCAUUUGCAUGUCUGUGCACCCUUGGAGGCUCUAGUCUCCUCACUGAUGGAGCAAAGUCCAGAGGACAUUGGCGACUUAUACCUGGACGUGGGAGAGGCCUACCUAGAGAAGGCAGCGUACAUGUCUGCUCUACCUUUGCUGUCUGCGCUUGUCAUAUCCGAGAAAUACAACCUGGCUGUCGUCUGGCUUCGCCACGCAGAGUGUCUGAAAGCACUGGGUGAAAUGAAAGCAGCGGCCGAAAGCUUCACGAAAGUAGUGGAGUUGGCGCCACAGCACCUCGAGGCGCGGCUGUCGCUCGCCACCCUGCAGCAGCAGCUCGGCCGGCCAGAUUGUGCCCUCAAGGCGCUGGAGUCCAUGUACGACAACGACACGCUUGCACGGGACUCCUCUGCAGCGCAAAAGGAACUGAAGCUGCUCCUGCACCGGUCCGCGCUGCUGAAAACGCAGGGACUCAUCCAGCACUACUUGGACACUCUGAUCACCAUGAUAUCAAUCCUGCUUAAGGUGGCCAUGCAGCGUGCCCAGGUGUGUGUGCGCUCUGUCUUCAUGUCAGGAGAGAAUCACCUGCGCUUGGUGAAGGUUGGGGACAUGCCGUCGGACAUCGAUGACCCGGAAGCGGCCUACUUGGAAAUCACGUGUAAAACCAAAGUCCUGUCCAAAGAGGACUGGUGGCAGCUGCUGCUGAGCUGCGUGCUGACAAUGUGCGAUGUGCAACGUUACGAAGAGGCGGAGCUAAUGGUCGAGUCCGCUAUGGAGUUCUACUCCUUCUAUGACAUCAAGCCCAGAAGAAAGGAGUUGGAGUACCUCGGCCUCUCAGCCAACAUCCUGGACCGCAACCACCAUAAGGCCUACAACUACAUCAGGUUGAUGCUGUUAGAGGAUGUGGAUCAGCCUCAGCUUUGGAAUAUAUUUAAUCAACUGACGAUAUCCUCCCACCACCAACGUCAUCAUCGCUUUUGUCUGCGUCAGCUUUUGAAACAUCCCGACAACCGCGCCCUGUGCAUCCUGUGCGGACACAACGCCAUGGUGUCGGGCAGCUUCAAACACGCCUUGGGUCAGUACAUCCAGGCCUUCCAGGCUCAGCCAGAUGAGCCGCUCCACAACUUGUUUGUGGGCCUCACCUUUUUCCACAUGGCAUCCCAGAAAUAUGUGGCAAAGAGACACCUACUGGUUGUUCAGGGUUUCACCUUCUUGCGCCAGUACGUGGAACUGCGUGGGGAGUGUCAAGAGAGCAUGUAUAACUUGGGCAGAGCAUUGCACCAGAUGGGCCUGACACAUUUAGCAAUUCAUUUUUACCAGAAGACUCUUCUACUGCCUAUACAGACACUAGAGGGUAUCGCUGAUGACCAAGUGGAUCUGAGAAGGGAGGCCGCCUUCAAUCUGUCCCUCAUUUACCAGGCAAGUGGCAACAUUGAGAUGGCCCACAAUCUCAUCAGCACCCAUUGCAUCAUCUGACAAUGGGCCAGGCCUGCAACAAGGAGAAUGAGUGCCACUGUUAAAUUAUCAUUCAUGCAAAAACAAUUAUGAUCAUGUAAAAAUAUCAUGUAUGAGUAUUAGUUCUUUUUUUUAACAUUUUAAAUCUAAAAGUCGAAUAUAUUUAAUAAUAAAAAAAAAAAUUCCUCUUCA